AUGAAAUAUACACAUUUUCUUCCUAUCUUUGAAGGAUUUUUUGCAGUCGUAAUUUUAUCUUUACAAAAUAUAUCGUCCGUUCAAACGGAUCAUUUACGAGUAAAUGUGUCAAGACAAAGCGAUGGUGAUAUAUUGGUCUUCGAGGAUAAAGUUCACUGUGCUUCGUUCAAUGCAAAAUGUAGUCGAGUUCCAAAUAACGAACGAGAGACUACAAAGUAUAACAUAUGUGACAGCUGCAAAUGUUUGUCAGGAAAUACUACAUAUGUCUCAACUGAGAAUAAGUGCAUAAAUACAAACGAAAUGACAACUUUAAAUUGUCGAAUAUUUCGCCAGAAACAAGUGACAGUGCUGAAAAAAUCUAAUAAAGCCAUCAGUCGACCGGUCCACGCGUAUCGUUGCGAAAUUAAAGAACAGCAUCCAGAGUUCUAUUCAGAUAAUAAAGGUGCUGAUACUUGGAUACGGAUGAUAGAUGUGGACUUCUCGUUGAGAAGCCGUUUCAAAACAGGCAAUCGUCGCCUUAGAAAUUGGCUGGUGACAUUCAACAAUAAUAAUAUUUCUAAAAUGUUGUCAAAAUAUGCCGGUAGAAUUGUGAAGUUAAAACUCAGUUGUAGAAUGCGACGGCGCCAGCGGAAACAAACCGAUUUGUGUAUUAUAUUCAAAAUAGCUGGCUCUGUCACUGGUGGGAAUUCAACCCUUGUCAGGCAUCCUAAUGACACCUACCGUUCGCCUUCAGCUCGUCCGACCAGAGUGGAUACGUUAUGGCACACAGCAAAUGGUUAUACUAGCACUGAAUCACCAAGUGCAAUAAAGACAUCACUGCCAUCUGGGAAUAACACUGCUCAAGAUCAAAAAUCAAAAAGUGGAAAAAACAAUCACGUAAUUUGGAUUAUAAUAACAGUUCUUAUUGUCAUUAUAAUCGUAUUGAUUGCAGCAAUUGUCUUUAUAUGUUUCAAGAGAAGGAAAACAAAGAGAACAAAUGAGGAAGAUCGAAGAAGAGACAUUAGGCUACACGAAUAUGAUGUUCCUAUAAAGUCACAAUUUCAAGGCGUACAUGGUGGUAAUCCACAAGGAGCGGACCAUAUUUAUGCAACAAUUUCAGAAAUGCAGAAUGCCAAUUCAGCUACUUGCAGUAGUCCUAACGAGUAUCAAGAACUCAAUCCAGGUGAUAGAGAAAAAGAUGCUUCACAUUACCAACCUCUAGUACAGCCCAGUGAGUUGCAGUAUGUUGAUAUCUUGCCUCAUCAGGCAGAAGUUGGCAGUAACUAA